CUCUUUUUUGGGUUGUGUCAUAAAACCAAAGCAAACACAAGAAAACCAAAUGAUCCCAACAUCUCUAAAUAAAUAAAUAAGCAUAUAAGAAAGAAAGAAAAAAGGGGAUGACUGCAGGCCGAUCUUCACCACUGUGCUGAAUGUCCGCAGGCACAAAUGAGAGCACUCGGAAUUACGAGUUGCCGAGGAGCUCGUGAAGGCGUCUCGUGCCUGCCUCCUGGUGUACCUCAGUGUGUCGGGUGUGUAUGUGUGUGCGCUGGGCUCGGAAGGGGAAGGGACGCAGCGAGCCGCCGACAUGAAGGACAGGUCGCUCGGUCCGCGGGUUUGAGCUCCACAUCGUGUCCGGGGCGCGAUGGACUUCGUGCUGAGCGGCGCGGCGGCGUGCGGCGCGUGUCUGUUCACCAACCCGCUGGAGGUCGUCAAGACCCGGAUGCAGCUGCAGGGCGAGCUGCAGAGCCGCGGCACCUACCGGGUCCACUACCGCAACGUGUUCCACGCCUUCUACACCAUCGGCAAGGUGGACGGGCUGGCCGGCCUGCAGAAGGGCCUGGCGGCCGGGCUGCUCUACCAGUUCUGCAUGAACGGAGUGCGACUCGGCUCGUACGCCGUCAUCGACUCGUCCGGUUACAUCCACACCAACGGGAGGGUCAACGCGCUGAAGACCACCCUGGCGGGGGCUGCGGCGGGAGUGGCGGGCGCCGUGAUGGGCAGCCCCAUCUACCUGGUCAAGACUCAUCUGCAGAGUCAGUCCACCUCCUCUAUCGCAGUCGGACAUCAAUACAAACACCAGGGGAUGACCCAAGCUCUGGCAGCCAUCUACAGGCAGCACGGCAUCCUGGGACUGUGGAGGGGCUCCAGCGCUGCCGUGCCGAGGGUCUGCGUGGGGUCCUCUGCUCAGCUCUCCACCUUCUCCUCCUCCAAGGAGCUCGUCAUUGACCUGCAGAUUUUCCCAAAGGGCAGCUGGUUGGUGGCCCUGAGUGCCGGCAUGAUCAGCAGUGUGGUGGUGGUGUUGGCCAUGACACCUUUCGACGUGGUGAGCACGCGGCUCUACAACCAGCCCGUGGACCCUCUGGGCAAGGGGCAGCUCUAUAAAGGAUUCGCCGACUGCUUCUCCAAGACGCUGAGGAAGGAGGGCUUGACGGGACUCUACAAAGGCCUGGGAGCCUCUUAUUUCCGUCUUGGUCCACAUACUAUUCUGUCCUUGUUCUUCUGGGAUGAGCUGCGCAAAAUGCACCAGCAGUUCAGAUAACACCGGGGGGCGAGGGAGACUGGGGAAUUGUUAACUCAUUACGUGCAUAGCUUUGAUGAGAUUUACUAUUAUGAGGUGAAAGAGAAAAAGCAGGAGGUGCUCUCCUUUCUUAAUUUGAAAGAGAAUGAGCGAAGGUCACGUUUUACACUCCAGAUAAGAAAACAAAUCAGUUUCAGUGAAACUGCUCCAGGGAGGAAGGUCAAAAGGUCAAAAAAUCAAGGGAACUGACAGACCUCAUAUACAGUAUACUGUACUGUACUCAACAUCAAACACCAUGGCUCUUUUAUAGCUCUCAAACACUUAUAUUAUGUCUUUCAUAACACAGUUUGCACCGGACAUGAAUGUACUGUAUACCUUCUGAGGAAAGCAUCACGUGGCUCACAGUGUGAGAAGACAAAUGAACAGAAGACGUCGCUAAUGUGAAAUGACUAGCGCAGAUUGUCCAGGUGGCUGCUGCUCACAAAGGGAAACAGACAUGUCAACAGAUGUGACGGAGUCUCACAUCAGCUGCCUUGUACUGACAGGAGGUGAUGGUGUCUUGAAGUUAAAACACAAAUUGUUUUCUGUUUUAAGCAGCAAUUGGUCUUUUUUUGUGGGGGCCAAAUACUGAUUGUUGUGGAAUUUUUGUCUAUCCUACCCUGAGAAACUCUUAAGAUGAGUCUUCUCAGGCAACAAAGCAAGGUCAUCUUAUCCAUGGCAAGCCGAAACAAUCAUUGAGCAGCUGAAAUCUCACUCGAGGUGUCAUAGUUGCGGAGAGAUGACGAAAUUACUCAAAGCUAAAUACAAUGUCUUGGGACGACAAACACUGCAUAUGUUGAUCUGUGUAGCAGCCGGAAUACCUCCUCAAUAUUGAGCUCUUAUACUCGCGUACUGUAUGGUAAAACGUUUCGACAGUGGUCCGAAGACUUGAGCAGAAUCAGUGAAUGUUACAUGCAGCAGCUUGGAAAUAUGUCAUCAGUGUAUGACAAAAAAUGCAUUUCCUAUAAGGUAAUGGACGUGAAGAGCUAAUAAAUCAUCAGGCUUUUUAGUGACGGA